CAGGACCAUGUCCGGACAGCUGGGGAAUAUCUCCAAGGAUGCAAACUCCACAACCUCCCUGAGCACACUGUACUAGUGCUUGGUCACCUUGACAGUGGAAAAGCAUUCUACGAUGUUCAGAGGGAACCUCCCGUGUUUCAGGUUGUGCCCAUUUCCCCAGAGGUCUUGCCACUGGGUUCCACUGAGAAGAACCUGUCUGCAACAUCUUAGCAUCCUCCCACCAGCAACAUGGCCAAUGCACUUGCAAACGCCAUCUGUGAGCGCUGCCGGGGUGGCUUUGCCCCUGCAGAGAAAAUUGUCAACAGCAACGGGGAGCUGUACCACGAGCAGUGCUUCGUCUGUGCCCAGUGCUUCCAGCAGUUUCCUGAAGGGCUCUUCUAUGAGUUUGAAGGGAGGAAGUACUGUGAACAUGAUUUUCAAAUGCUUUUUGCCCCUUGCUGCCAUCAGUGUGGUGAGUUCAUUAUUGGUCGUGUUAUUAAAGCUAUGAACAAUAGCUGGCAUCCAGAGUGCUUCUGCUGUGAUAUCUGCCAACAAGUAUUGGCUGAUAUUGGAUUUGUCAAGAAUGCUGGCAGACAUCUCUGCCGUCCUUGCCAUAACAGGGAAAAAGCCAGAGGCCUGGGAAAGUACAUUUGCCAGAAGUGUCACGCCAUUAUUGACGAACAGCCUCUCAUAUUCAAAAAUGAUCCUUAUCAUCCUGAUCAUUUCAACUGUGCAAACUGCGGGAAGGAACUUACUGCUGAUGCUCGUGAGUUGAAGGGAGAAUUAUACUGCUUACCCUGCCAUGACAAAAUGGGCGUCCCCAUCUGUGGGGCAUGUAGGAGACCAAUUGAGGGCCGUGUGGUGAAUGCCAUGGGCAAACAAUGGCAUGUGGAGCAUUUUGUUUGUGCAAAAUGUGAAAAGCCGUUCCUGGGUCAUCGUCAUUAUGAGAGAAAAGGCUUGGCGUAUUGUGAAACCCACUACAACCAGCUCUUUGGUGAUGUUUGUUUCCACUGCAACCGUGUGAUUGAAGGAGAUGUUGUGUCUGCUCUGAAUAAGGCAUGGUGUGUGAACUGUUUCGCUUGUUCAACUUGCAACACUAAGUUAACACUCAAGAAUAAAUUUGUUGAGUUUGAUAUGAAACCUGUCUGCAAAAAGUGUUAUGAGAAGUUUCCUCUAGAGCUGAAGAAAAGACUGAAGAAACUAUCUGAAACCUUGGGAAGGAAGUGAAGACUUCAUCUGCUCUCCAACUCCUUUGUGAAAAUCCUAUAUAUAUAUUAGUUGGGGGGAAUGGAGCUGUUUUGAGGCUGCAGUCAGGCAACAAAUUAUGAUGUAUGCCUUCUAUCUAAUGAAAUUGUCUUAAGAGUCUCUGUUCUCUACAUGAGAACAUGUGUGCUUAUUUGUUGAUAAACACUGUACUUCUGAACUAAAUUAAAUACCCUCUCACUGGAAGGGUUUCUGACCGUGAUAAUGCAGUUGAACUGAUGCAGGUGGCCCAUUCUGCACAGUCAUCUCUGGAAUUUUACAGAGAGAAUUUGCUUGUGAACACCUGUGAAAAGAAAUUGUGCAAAUGUGUCCAACUUUUGGGGCAUGUGUUGUCAUUUAUAUUAACGAAAAUAUUAACCUUCAUAUUGAGCAUGCACACAAAAUGAGCCCAAGUCAAGUGACUUGGGCAAGAAUCUAAUAUACUUCUCCUUGUUGGAAAAAAUAUGCUUGGAUUUCAGGCCAAGUUGUCCCAUUAAGAGGCCUUGUUUCUGAUGGUUUGAUCAGAUUUCUAAGUACUCUAAAGUCACUCUACAAAUGACCUACUUCUUCUAGAUUAUGCUUAAAUGAUGAAUCUUUGUACAUCAGGCUUAGCAUGAAAUACCUAUAUAACAUAUGUAUUCCUAUUGCAAGAAAUGAGCAUACUCAGAACUACUUGAAUUUUGCUAUAUUCCACUCAAAAUAACAUAUUAACUUUUAUAUAUGCUUUUGCAUUCUAUUUACUUUUUUGUGCCUUAUUCUGCUGGACCAUACAUAACAGUGUUCUAUGAAAUAUAUAUAUAGUUUUAUUUUUUAUUUCAUAUUUUUAUGCAGAAAUAUAUACAAGGUAUUUUCAAAAGAUAACAUACUUUGCCUUAAUUAUGCAGGAUGUGAGGUAUUUUAUUUCAAAUGUGAACAUCUGAACUUAAAAAAUUUAGCUUCUAGACUUCAUUGAUUUUCAGAACAGUACUGAAAGUGCAUAUUUCAGUGAACUGGCAAUAUUCCUUUUACACCUAAGAGUGUAAAUAUACAAGGUUUGAUCCUGCUAGGAUCUACUUCUAUAGCGAUCCUCAAGAACUGAGCUCACAAAUCAUCAGAAUUCUGUAUAACACACAUUGAAUUGUUUUCUACUAUUGACUUCUGUCCAUGCAAAUCUGUUUCAUUUUUCCCUUUCUUAUAGAAAAUAGUUACUUAGGACUUCUUGAUGGUACUACAUUAUGAAGUACACAUUUUUAUUUUGUUUUUUACAUAUUAGUGACUUAAACAGAUUUUAUGUAAUUACAUCAUAGAAAGUAAAAUUUUCUUUCUUGUUUAUGAAAAAUUAGUUGCUUUAAAACACCUGCUUUCCAGUGUCCUCAAUAAAGGCUAUGUUAUUAAACCUUGUA